GUCUCAUCUCCUUCCCACUUUCCUUUCUCUACGCUUCUCGACCUUCGGAAGCGUAAUUUUCUCUCUCUCUCGAGGAGUAUAUAACCACAAAGAUAUAUAGAGUGAGAGAGAGGGGGAUAAGGAGGGUCGAGUCAGAUACUCCCAGCAUUUCUCGCUCUUCAUAUCUCAAUCCGACGUCGUCAGGUUUGUGUUCGAUUGCCUUGGUGCUUUCCUUGCAAUGGCUGCCACUGCGACUCUCUCUUCUGCAGGUCCGCGGUAUGCACCAGAGGACCCCACGCUCCCCAAACCAUGGAGAGGCCUUGUUGAUGGUAAAACUGGGUACCUUUACUUUUGGAAUCCAGAGACAAAUGUCACCCAAUAUGAAAGGCCUACAAGCUUUGCUCCUCCACAGAAGUCCAUUUCAGUGCCUAUUAGUUCUUCUGUCCAAGUUCAACAAUCUUCUCAAGGACAGCGUCAUGGCUAUGGUCCUGAUGGCAGAGGCAGCAGUGGUGGGUCAAAACCUGAGGCCGGAUCAAGGAGUCAGCAGAGUGAAAGAGGUGGAACUGUCCAUUCCAUAAAUGCUCCAAAUGGGACACUCGGUGCUGGACAUGGAGGAUCUUCCACACGAGGAGCGUCAGAUGUAGGAGCUGGCCUCUCUGCAGAGUCUUAUCGUCGUCGGCAUGAAAUAUCCGUUACUGGUGAUAAUGUGCCUCCACCUUUUACAUCAUUUGAGUCUACUGGUUUUCCAUCAGAGAUUCUUAGAGAGGUACACAAUGCUGGGUUCCCUGCCCCAACUCCAAUUCAGGCACAGUCAUGGCCGAUUGCUCUUCAAAGUAAAGACAUAGUGGCCAUUGCCAAAACUGGUUCUGGGAAAACUUUGGGUUACUUGCUUCCAGGAUUUAUUCAUCUCAAGCGCUGCCGUAAUGACCCUAAGUUGGGUCCAACCGUGUUGGUAUUGUCACCAACAAGGGAGUUGGCAACACAGAUACAAGAUGAAGCUGUGAAGUUUGGACAGUCAUCAAGACUUUCUUGCACGUGUUUAUAUGGAGGAGCACCGAAGGGACCCCAGUUAAGAGAUAUAGACAGAGGAUCAGACAUAGUGGUUGCCACUCCUGGGCGCUUGAAUGAUAUUCUUGAGAUGAGGAGAAUUAGCCUUCAUCAAGUUUCUUACCUUGUGCUUGAUGAGGCUGAUCGCAUGCUUGACAUGGGUUUCGAACCUCAGAUAAGGAAGAUUGUAAAGGAGGUGCCUCCUCGCCGCCAGACCCUCAUGUAUACAGCAACAUGGCCAAAAGAGGUUCGGAAGAUUGCAGCAGAUCUGCUGGUCAAUCCUGUUCAGGUUAACAUUGGCAAUGUGGAUGAGCUUGUCGCAAACAAGUCCAUCACACAGCAUGUUGAAGUGUUGGCACACAUAGAGAAACACAGACGACUGGAGCAGAUAUUGAGAUCUCAAGAACCAGGAUCAAAGAUAAUUAUCUUUUGUUCAACCAAGAAGAUGUGCGACCAACUUGCCCGCAAUCUUAGCCGCCAGUUUGGUGCUGCUGCUAUUCAUGGAGACAAAUCUCAGGGUGAGAGGGAUCAUGUUUUGAGUCAGUUCCGGACUGGGAGGUCUCCGAUUCUUGUAGCAACUGAUGUUGCAGCUCGAGGACUGGAUAUCAAGGACAUCAGGGUGGUUGUCAACUAUGAUUUCCCUACAGGAGUCGAGGAUUAUGUUCAUAGGAUUGGGAGGACGGGGAGGGCAGGUGCCACUGGUCUGGCUUACACAUUCUUUGGUGACCAGGAUGCCAAGUAUGCUUCAGAUCUCAUGAAAGUUUUGGAAGGCGCAAAUCAGCGAGUCCCUCCAGAAAUUCGUGACAUGGCUUCUCGUGGUGGUGGGAUGGGCCGGUCUAGACGCUGGGGAUCUGGUUCUGGUUUUGGUGGUCGUGAUGGGGGCCGUGGGGGGCGUAAUGAUUCAGGUCAUGGUGGAAGGGGUGGGUGGGCAUUUGCUCCACCCUCUUCUGGCCGGUCAGAAAGAAGUGGGGGUCGUGGCUAUGACUCUGAGGCACGUGAGAGGUAUGAACGUCGCAGUCGGAGCCCCACCGUUGGAUCUGCUUUUGGUGAUCGUAAUAAGAGUUGGAACCGUGACCGCAGCCGUAGUCGUAGCCCUGAUAGGUAUGAUAGGGUUCCUCAGGCUCGUGAGCGCUCCCCAGCGCGCAGUUUUCACCAGGCAAUGAUGGAACGUAAUCGGUCAUCCCAGAAUGGUGAGACUACAAGGGAACCCAAGGAUGGUGGAGGAUUUGCCAAAGGACCUCAUUCUUCUUAUUUGGGGGAAGAAGAAGAAGGCAUGAUUCCUCAGGAUGAGGAUGACAUGUACCGUGCAGCAGAUGAUGCUAUACUUCGUGGGGCUUAAAGAUGCGGUUAGAGCAUGUCAUCUGGUGCUAUACUUUUUGUUCGUUGUGUAGUGUUUGAAGUGUAAGUAGGGGCUGUAACUAGGGCGACCAUGGUGUAGAAGUUGACUUUAUGUAUUGAGUUUGGAGGGGCCUAAAGACUGAACCAGAUGGAUCCCUCUUAAACCUUUGACAACCUUUUUUGUUCUCUUUCUUGCUUUUGGUAGGAAGAGAAAGGGGCACCGACCACUCACAAAAUGUUUUGAUAUAUCUGCUUUGUAAUACAAUGACCUUCAUAGCCAUUUACUAUAGUCAUAUUUCAUGGUCUUGAUAUU